AGUGAAGUGGAUGAUAUGCCUAUCUAAACCUAACUCACAUUGAUUCAUAAUCUGAGUUUUUGUUUUAAGAAACCUACUUAAUUAAGGACUCACCAUUGGACAAAUAAAUUUGAAAGGAUUCAUAAAAAGCUCUUAACUUUAAAAAUGGCAUAGAGUAAGAUUAUAAAAUGUUUAAGAAUCUUUUUAAGAAUUCAACCAUUGUUGUUGCUCUAAAUAUAUUAUAUAAUGUUGUUGUUGCUAAACUUUUAAUUAUGUAACCAAAAUUUAAACAAUAGACAAAAUAUUAAUGAAACUAUCCAGGCCAAUGUGAUGUGACAUAUUUUUUACACACAAGUGUUGAUGUUGCUAACCUUUUUUUACAAUUUCUUGUGUAUUUUAGUUUUGAACAGUUUAUUUUUUUGUUACAAAUUUACAAUCACGAAUAUAAGGUAAUGCAAAAAAAAAAAAACAUUUCAAAUUUCUUUACCAGAAACUUUUGCAGUCACGGUUGGAGAAAAGUACACGUGGCUUCGCCCCCAAAAGAAAAAAACUUUACAGUAACAUCAUUACGAUGGCACAAAUCCGUAAAUCAGAAUUUGUUUCGCUACCUGACAAAAAUCCCUGUCCAUGGGAUCAGUAUCAUCUGAUCUUAAAAACAAUCCAACGGUCCAGAUUCAAUCAGUACAAUACCCUGAAACCGCCUGACGAGGGUCGCGCGACAAACAGUCGACAAAAACAUAUAACGGAAUCGUCUUCGUUCCUCGUGUCGCCGCCUUCUCUACACCACCCAAUCACAAAACGCCACGUGUACAUCUUUCUUUUCUUACUUAUUUCUUUUUUCUCUCUCCACCCAAUCAUCACAAGCCACGUGGAUAUCUCUCUGUUUUUAUUCUCUUCUUCACACAGUCACGCUUCAUUCUCAUUUUCUCCUCUCUCUCUCUGUUUUUUUGCUUUCGUCGGAGAAAAUGGAGACUGAGUUUGACUCGCUCACUGAGUUACCACCGCUUCCACCUUCCGACUUCACUCCCUCUUCCUUCACCUUCUCCGACCACCAACUCGACUUGUCUCUCUCUCAUGCUGACUCGCUCUUUCUCGACUCAACACUGUCUCUCCUCAAUCGUCACCACCUCACUGAGUCAACUCGCCUCGAACAUCUCUUUUACGACUCCACUCAGCUCUUUCAAAACGACCUCGCCACCACCACAACACCGUUUCUUCACUUACCAAAUCUCACAUCCAUCGAACAACCACCCGCCGUGGAAGAAGAACCGACGACGAUGAAGCUCUUUCCAUCUCUCUCUCCUCCUCUUCCUCUUCCCGACGCUAAACGUCGCAAGAAGCUUAACUCGUAUUCCUCUUCAACAAACUCCGGAUCUCCAACAGCGUCAUCAUCAAACACAAACGACGGUGGUACUGGUAUUACCAAACGAAAGAAGAUCUCUGACAAAAUCAGAUCCUUGGAGAAACUUAUGCCAUGGGAAAACAAAAUGAGUUUAGCGAUGAUUCUAGAAGAAUCUCACAGAUACAUCAAGUUUCUUCAAUCUCAAAUUGCUUCACUCAGUUGGAUGCCUCUUGAAUCUGUCUACAACACCGCCGGAGAAGUAGGAGAAUCCGAUUUGCUCAAAUCGCUAACACGUCAACAGAUUCUUCAAGUUAUUGCGAAUUCUCCAGGUUCACGAAACGUACUUUCCUCUCAUGGUGUUUGUCUCUUCUCUUACGAACAGCUUCUUUCUCUCAAGACAAUGUCGAGAAACUUCUGAAAACAACAACAUCGGACGACGACGUUUGAAGAAACACCAAAGACUCUGUUUUUUUGUUUAACGUUUCCUACAUAGCGUUUUAAUGGCGAUGAACUCAGAGUUUGAUAUAGUUUAAUACUUACGCCACAGUUUUUGAUAUCAGUUUCAAUGUAGAAAGUUUUGGUUUGAUUCAUAUCUAAAGAACUAUAUAAGAAACUUUGCAAAAACUGUGAAUCUUUUCUUUAACAUUCAUAAAGAUGAACACAUCAAUACCAAACAUAAACGAUACAUAAUAGUUCAAAGUUCUCACAGACCAAAAGAAAACAUGAAAAAUUCCUCAAAUUUUCAGGGUUUCA